CAUGAUUUGAAAACUAUUUGUAUGUAACUCAAAACGCGAGUACAUAACAAUGAUUGAAAUUAAUAUUUGUUAGGAGAAUAUUAGCCCAUCUAAGAUUUAUUAAAAAGCAAAAAAGUAGUAAAAGAGAAAUAAAAGAAUUAUCUUAAGGGAAAAUAAUGAGAUUUCCUUAAAGCUUACAUUAACAUUUUACAAUAGUCCUUAAUAAUAGAAAAGAAGUUGGACGGGAACCUCCUUUUACCCCCUCAUAGCUCGAUGAAAAAAUAUAUUCGUCUCGGAUUUGAAUUAGUUGUACACCGAGCGUAAUACAUUAAACCCAAAAAUAUUUGUUUGCAUGAUUAAGUAGUUAAUAAUUCCUCCAUUUCCCUUUCAAAUACAAAAACCCCCCAAACUUCCACUUGUCCUUUGUUAGUUGGGGGUCCAUAAAUAGUUAAAAUUUUGUAAACUUAUUUUAAAAGCCCACAGAUAUUUCGUUGCUACUAUGGGCUCUCUCUGGGCUUCUUCCUGAUUCCCUUGCCGCUCUUCCCAGAAUCUAAAACUUAAAAAAAGCCAUGUCGUCCACUUUAUUCCUACUGUCAAACUGAAAUCAAACACCGCCCUCCUCCGCCUCCUCCGGCCCCUCCUCCGCCGCUUUCUUCUCCACAGCCACCGCCCCACACCUUUACCUCAAAAUCCUUUUAUUAUUAACCCUUAAAAUUGGAAAAUAACUAAAAACUAAUCGACCGCUCCAGUGGGUCCGACCCAUUUGUUGGGAAUUGAUUUUGUUGAUUUCAAUGGAGGACGAGCAAUCGGAAUUGUCACUCAGUGAAACGUACAAGCUCAUCAACGGCAACCGCCACAUCAUCUUCGGGAAGUACGAGAUGGGGAAGCUAUUAGGCCAAGGCACUUUUGCCAAGGUGUAUCACGGCAGGAACCUCGGGAAUUCCGAGAGCGUGGCGAUUAAGGUUAUCAACAAGGAUCAGGUGAAGAAAGAAGGGAUGAUGGAGCAGAUCACCCGGGAAAUCUCGGUAAUGCGCCUCGUCCGGCAUCCGAACGUUGUGGAAAUCAAAGAAGUGAUGGCCACUAAAAAGAAGAUCUUUUUCAUCAUGGAGUAUGUCAGAGGCGGCGAGCUAUUCGCCAAGAUUGCCCGAGGGAAGCUCAAAGAAGAUGUUGCCAGGAAUUAUUUCCAGCAAUUAAUUAGUGCUGUGGAUUAUUGCCACAGCCGUGGAGUUUCUCAUCGGGAUUUGAAGCCGGAAAAUUUGCUCCUGGAUGAAAACGGCAACUUGAAAAUCUCGGAUUUUGGGCUCUCUGCUUUGCCGGAGCAUUUGAGAAAUGAUGGGUUGUUGCAUACUCGGUGUGGAACUCCGGCUUAUGUAGCUCCGGAGGUGCUGAGGAAAAAAGGGUACGACGGAGCAAAGGCCGACAUUUGGUCUUGUGGGGUGAUUUUGUAUGCUCUGUUGGCCGGAUUUCUCCCCUUCCAAGAUGAGAAUGUGAUGAAGAUGUACCGGAAGGUUUUCAAGGCGGAAUUCGAGUUUCCCCCUUGGUUUUCAGGUGAAUCAAGGAGAUUGAUUUCAAAGCUUUUGGUUGCUGAUCCGGAGAGAAGGAUUUCAAUCCCGGGAAUCAUGAGAAUCCCCUGGUUCUGCAAAGGAUUCACCGGGCCAAUUGGGUUUUCCAUCCAAGAGAAUUCCGGGGAUGAUGUAAAGGAACCGACUUUAGUCAAAUCCAAAUCGACGCCGCCUUUCUACAACGCGUUUGAGUUCAUAACAUCGAUGUCAUCCGGGUUUGAUUUGUCCAGUUUGUUUGAAGAGACCAGGAAAUCGGGUUCCCUUUUCACAUCCAAGUGCUCUGCUUCAUCCAUCAUGGGAAAGCUGGAAUCUUUGGCCAAGAAGCUGAAUUUCAGAAUUGUAUGUUCUAAAGAGUACACCUUGAAGAUGCAAGGGGUUUCAGAGGGCCGGAAAGGGAAAUUGUCAGUGAAAGCCGAGGUGUUCGAGGUGGCGCCGGAGGUGGCCGUGGUUGAAUUCUCCAAGUCCUCCGGCGAUACACUAGAAUACCGGAAAUUCUGCGACGAAGAUGUUAGACCGGCCCUGAAAGAUAUCGUAUGGAGUUGGCAGGGUGAAGACAAUUUCUGCCAAAAAUGACAAAAAGAACGCUAAUGUAUAGUUUGUUGUAUAACUCCAAUGUUUGGGUUAGACGAGAAUCCUCCCCCUUAGCAAAACUCCGUUUUUUUUUUCUUACGGUUUUGUUGUAUCAAUCUCCCAGUUUUGGUCAAGUUUUGCUUUGUUCUGUGAAGUGCUAAUGUGAAUGGUUUUGUUUUCUGUGCUGUUUAUCAACUAAUCCUUGUACUUACAAUUAGUUCUGUUUUUUGUUUUUAACUAAUCAGUUCGGUAACUUUGAGGUUUCUCCGACCAGAUUUUAAGAUUGGAGGUCUUAUCAGGGAUUGGUGGUUGCUAUUGUGGGUUGAGUUUGAGCGGUGGCAGUUGGUGAACGACUGAAGAAAAAAUAUGGUACAGAAAUGAAGGCUUUCCUGAGCUUGAAGAGUCAACAUCAAUUUGGGAACAGAUGCCAUCUGUAAGAAUCUGAAUAAUUCUCCUAGGGCCCCGGAGCUUGUCAGUGGGAUGGUUCAUUUGCCCCAAACUUCCCAAAUUGGGGAGUUUAUGGAGGUUCAAAGUUCAAAGUUCAAAGUUCAAACCUGUUAAGUUAAAAACAUUCCCCUUGAGGCAAAUAAUUUUCUGAACAAUCAUUCCUUCCUUCAUACAGUUCUAAAAC